ACAUCCGAAAGUAAACACCUGGACCCCUCCCCACAUACACCCUACAGUCCCACCCCUGAAACACUAAUGGAUUACUGACGAAGGUGUUCCUCAUCCCGAUACCACACUUAACUUUGUCAAAAGUAACCUAUUUACCUCGACUGAUGAAAAUAAGCCAGACAAGGAAUAGGCUAUGUUAUAGUUUUCCCUGCAUAACGUAACCCAAAACUGCUACCUUUUUAACUGCAGUUUCUUCGUGCGUUUUUUACUCGUCUGGCUCCGAUUGAUAAGUCUGUACCGACACACUAGUGUGUUCACGAUUGUGCUAGGUGUGUGCUAUAGUGCUCACGCGUAUGACUCAGUGUGGCCCUUAAGUUUGCCCCGUACACCUGGCGCAUCAGACGAUUCCUGGAGACGCGCGGGUACCAAAUCAUAACCUAGGAUCACGCCACCGAAAACUUAAGUUGACUGGACUGGGAACAGCGAAAUGACCUCAAAGUCUAAAGAAAAAGAAAAAUCCGAGAAGGUUUUAGCUGCCGAUAAGGAGCAGUUUGUCAAAUCACAGCUGAACAGCAUUACCAAAUGUGUCAACACCUCAGAGACUUCCCUCAAGGAGAAACAUGCCCGCAACAUCAUCCUGGGCACUCACAAGGAGGGUGGGGCUGUGACUUUCUGGUCACACGCAGUCAGCCUGCCCCUGUCCAGCAAUGCCAUCCUCAGCUGGAAAUACUGUCACAUGGUGCACAAAGUCCUACGCGAUGGGCAUCUCAAUUCCCUGAAGGACACGUACGGGCACUGCCCAAGCAUCAAACAGAUGGGCGCACUGUGGGGGAGUCUCCAUGAUCGAUAUGGGCAUAUUGUUGCCCUAUAUGUCAAGUUCUUGUGCAUCAAAAUUGAAUUCCACAAAAAGUACUCAGUCAUCCCUGUGAAACUCGAGGCCUCUGAGGACGUCCUGGAGAGAGCAAUGGCCAUUGACAUCAACAGAGUUUAUGAAAUGACACUAGAGGUUCUGGAGUACAUGGAUUCAGCUCUGAAGUUGGAGGAAACAGCGUUUGGACAGCUGGACACCCACAAUAUAAGCCCGACUGCAGUGGUGGCCCAGUGUCGCCUGGCCCCUCUGGUGCUGGUCAUCCAGGACUGCAGUCCACUCUACCACUUGCUGGUCAAACUGCUCUUCAAACUGCACAGCCGUGUACCUGUGGAUACGCUGCUGGCACAUCGGGAACGAUUCCGUGUCCAGUUUGAAGGAUUGACAAAGUUCUUUGAGAGAGCCAGAGACAUUGAGUUCUUCAGAAAAAUCAUUGAAAUUCCUGAAUUGCCAGAGUCCCCUCCAAACUUCCUGCGUGCGGCUGCAUUGGCAGAGCAUGUGAAGCCGGUGGUGGUCAGUCAGCCGGUCCCCGAGGAGGAGGAGCCUGCAUGGAGUGAGGGUCCGGCCACGGGCUACCCAAUGCACUUUGCAUACAAUCAAUUCCCCGAACCGUCAGAAGAUGGAUUUGAAGUAAGAGAGUCAGAGGUGGAGAGCCUGAGGAAACAGCUGGAGGCUGUGAAGCCAGAGCUACAUUCAGUCAAGGCUGAGGCUCAGCGCUGUGUCGCCCAUCUGCAGGCGCAGGUGCGUCAGCUGGAGGCGGAGGUGGUGGACCAGCGCGACCAGAAGCAGUUGGCGCUGCUGGAGCGGGAGCAGUGGCGCAUGGAGGUGGAGGGGCUGCGAGGCUCCGCCCAGGCCACCCAGUACGCUGCUGUGGAGGAGGCCGGGACUAGAGCCCAGGCAGCACAGAUGCACUUCUCCAGGCUGAAGGAGAAGCACGCAGAGCUGGUGUCCAGACACGCAGAUCUCAUGAGAAAGAAUACAGAGACAAUGAAGCAGCUGUCCGGUGCACAGCAGACCCAGGAGGAGCUGGUGAAAGGUAGACGCCAGAUGGCUGAGGAGCUGGAGAGGGCGAAGAUAGAGAACAGCUCUAGGCUGCAGGAACAGCAGCAGGAGAUCGGUCGCCUGAGGAGGGAGGUGGAGAGCAGCAGGGCUGAGGUGGCCCACGUAAGCAGCAGCCUUCAGAACAAAGACCAGGCUGGAGAGCAGAUGAACAGCAUGCUGCAGGGCCUGCAGGCUGAGCGAGAGCAGCUGAGGAGGUCUGUGAGGGAGCAGGAGGCCCAAAUUGCCCAGCUGCAGCAGAGCACAACGCUGCAGCACUCACACGUGCAGCAGGAGAGAGACCGCAGCCAGAGGGAGAUCGCAACACUGCAGCAACAGCUACAGGAGAAGGAGCGUCGUGAGGAAGAGCAGAGGCGUGAGAUUGAGCGUCUGAAGAGAGAGCUAGAGGAGAAGCGUAUGGAGGUGACCCAUGCUCAGGGAGCACUGCAGUAUAAAGAGACGGCUGGAGAGCAGAUGAACAGCAUGCUGCAGGGCCUGCAGGCUGAGCGAGAGCAGCUGAGGAGGUCUGUGAGGGAGCAGGAGGCCCAAAUCACCCAGCUGCAGCAGAGCACAACGCUGCAGCACUCACACGUGCAGCAGGAGAGAGACCGCAGCCAGAGGGAGAUCACAACACUGCAGCAACAGCUACAGGAGGCGGCUGGCCGUGAAGCUGAGCUGAAGCGAAAGCUGCAGGAAGAGCAGUUUGCCCUGCUGCAGUGUGCGGUGGUGGAAGCGGAGGGCAUCGUGCUGGACGCCCUGGCCAAAGUGGACGACCCUAUGCAUGUGCGCAACACCUGCUCUCCAGACUACCUGGUCAACCGGGCGGAGACGACUCUGGGCUCUAUUGACAAGAUGCAGCAAAGUCAUGCUGGCUACCUCAGAAACAUGGAUGAUGCCAGUGGAUUGCUGCGGACUGUAACCCAGUUUGCUCACCUGGCUGCAGACACCAUUGUCAACGGAGCUGCCACAGCACACUCCGCUCCUGUGGACCAAGCUGACUGUCUGAAUGAUAACUGCAGGGAGUGUGCCACCCACUGUCUGCAGUUUCUGAAGGAGAUGAAGCUGCAGCCCACGCUCCCUGGGGCCGAGCCCUCCGCCAUCCGCUACGUGGUCCAGUGCAUCCUCACCUUGGGACAGAACCUGCGACCUAAAGGUGUAGAUGUCCAGAAGAAAGAGCUGGGAGACAUUGUAGACAAGGAGAUGAUUGCCACUUCCUCUGCCAUUGAGGAGGCUGUGCUGAGAAUGAGUGAAAUACUGAACACCACCAAGAGGGACACAUCUGGUGUAAAACUACAGGUCAACUCAAGCAUCAUCAAUUCCUGUUCUGACCUCAUGAAGGCUGUGCACAUGCUGGUGAUGUCAGCUACAGACCUCCAGAAGGACAUCGUGGAGAGUGGAAGAGGAGCGGCAUCUGUGAAGGAGUUCUACGCUAAGAACUCCGUCUGGACUGAAGGCCUCAUCUCUGCAUCUAAGGCAGUGGGAUGGGGAGCCACACAACUGCUAGACUCAGCUGACAGGAUCUCCUUAGACCAGGGCAAGUACGAGGAGGUGAUCGUCUGCUCCCAUGAGAUUGCUGCCAGCACAGCACAGCUUGUCGCUUCCUCUAAGGUGAAGGCGGACCGCAACAACAAGAGGCUGCACAGGUUGCAGCAGGCCUCGCGUCAUGUGACUGAAAUGGCGGCAUCUGUGGUCACUUCCACCAAGGCAGGGCAGAUGCAGAUUGAUGAUAUGGACACCAUGGACUUCUCUGGGGUGUCCCUGAUCAAGUUGAAGACUGAGGAGAUGGACACUCAGGUGCGUGUCCUAGAGCUGGAGUCUCGGUUGGCCAGAGAGCGUGUGCAUCUCGGGGAGCUCAGAAAGAAGCACUAUGACCUCGCUGGAACUCCUGCGGACCCACUGCCCACUGACGUGGGUGACUUUAGCGACUUCCCCCCUCCACCUCCCCCCACGCUAUUCAUUCCCGAGUCCUAUAGCAACAGCAACCCCUUCAGCCCGCAUCCCUCCAGCAACCCAUUCAUCACAGAGCCCCCUGCCUCUGAACCCCCUCAGACCACUACAACUAAGAAACCCAACAUCUUCCAGAAAUCUGGAACCCUUCUAAAGAGUGCGUUUAGGUGAGGAGAACCCAAAACUGAAGCAGGAUUUUCCUUUCAUCCCAAUAGAGCCUUGGCCAUGAAAUAACCCAGAUCUCAUUUACUUGAUCAGGAUUGUCUUUGUAAACCAAAUCGUAUUUUAGAUUCUAAUAUAAUAAAGGCACUUUUACAAUAUACAUCUGAAUAAUUGUUUGACUGCUACAUAAUUGUAUAUUCUCUUAAUUAAAUUCCAUUAUAUUUUAAUUUAGAUGUUUCAAAAGCAAAUCAUGAAUGUGUCCAAAUCUGUUAAAUAAAAAAAAAUGUUAAUUAGACUAUUUUAGCAUUUUGUCACUACAUUGUAGCGAAUUCUAAGGAGGGCCAUGAUACAAAUAACUCUGUUCUGUCGCAC